GCCGGGGGCGCGCUCGGGGUGGGCUACUCAAUGACAAAUCGGCAGGGGACGGCUGGGGUCCGGCCCCGCGAGCAGGCGAAGGAGAAGGCGGGGCGGGCUUAAGAGCUGCGGGCCUGGUGCGGACGUCCAAGGCGGCGCGGGACAGGUCGCAGCUCUUCAACUGGGUCUUCGUCUGUGGGUCACAGUCUCAGAAAACCAGCAGGAUGGCUACAAACAAGAGUAAGAGCCAGAGCUCCUUGGCCCUGCACAAGGUGAUCAUGGUCGGCAGUGGAGGGGUCGGCAAGUCGGCCCUGACGCUUCAGUUCAUGUAUGAUGAGUUUGUAGAAGACUAUGAACCUACCAAAGCCGACAGUUACAGGAAGAAAGUGGUUCUCGAUGGAGAGGAAGUGCAGAUAGACAUUCUGGACACGGCGGGACAGGAGGACUACGCAGCCAUUCGCGACAACUACUUCCGGAGUGGUGAAGGCUUCCUCCUCGUGUUCUCCAUCACGGAGCACGAGUCCUUCACAGCAACUGCCGAAUUCAGGGAACAGAUCCUCCGCGUUAAGGCUGAAGAAGAUAAAAUUCCAUUGCUCGUCGUGGGAAACAAGUCUGACUUAGAGGAGCGGAGGCAGGUGCCCAUCGAGGAGGCUAGGAGUAAAGCGGAGGAGUGGGGCGUACAGUACGUGGAGACGUCGGCUAAAACACGGGCCAACGUGGACAAGGUGUUCUUUGACCUAAUGAGAGAAAUCAGAGCAAAGAAGAUGUCAGAAAACAAGGACAAGAAUGGCAAGAAAAGCAGCAAGAACAAGAAAAGUUUUAAAGAGAGAUGCUGCUUACUGUGAAUGCCAAGGCGGUGGAUGAGGUCGUCUCCACUAAGGACAUAGGGCGGGCUCCUUCCAAGGAGACCACAGACAACUCCUUGGUGUGUCCCCUGCUCUCCCCAGCUUCCUUCACGCGUUCUUCUUUAAAUGGGGACAGUGUUUGUGAAUCAGCGGCUGGCAGAAGAAAGAAGCCCUUGUCCUUGCAGUGGCCCAGCUGCCCCGUGGGGAGGCUUCAGCGUUUCCUCCUCCCUCCCGCCUCCCUCUGUCCCUGCCAGAAAUUCACUCACGCUUCCAGUGCUGUAGGUGGGAAAUGGUCAAGUGCUCAUUAAAAAGGAAAAGGACUGUCAUAACAUGCUAUUUUUUCCCCGGUUUUCUAACAUUACCAUCUUUUGUUUUGAAAUACAAAAUGACUUAUUUUAUUAGGUUUUGGGAGAAGGGGGUGGGGUUAGGCCCUCCCAGCCUUUAUCCAGUUUAACAGUGGAACUCAGAAAAACCCAUUAAGCUCCAAUGACACUGAGAAAUUCAGAGAUUUUUUUUUUUUGAUAAGUUUCUUGGCAACACCCUGUGGAUUUGAAGCACAGCUAAUAAAAUAAAUUUGAAUUGGGCCGGAUAGGUCAAUAACCAGCUCAUCAAUCCCUCCUCACAUAUGAAAGAUGAAAGUUGUAUUCUUCAUAUUUAAGUAUUGGCCAAUUUUAGUCUUUGUUGGCUAUUUUUCUCCUGUAGCAUCCUGAUUUUUGUGUAGGAGUGUCUUUUUAGUAGAUUAAGUGAAGACUCGAGUAGUAUACUAUAUAAGUGACAAGCUUUUCUAAUCAAAUUUUUAAAGAAAAACUCUUUGGCUAAAUCCUCUGCUAGCUGUCCCUCAGGUGGGUAGGCCCUCCUUCUCCACUAGAAAUCAGGGUCCCGUCAGCCCCUCUCCGCACCUGGAGCUUGAGAGGGCCUCUUCUCUGUUUGUUUCAGUGUGACAUGGGUUCUUCUGAAGAAUGUGAUGAGUAACAGUUGUGUUCCAAAGUCUUGAAGCCAGAGCCUGCGCCAGACAUCUGCUACCUCUCGUAGGAUUGCCCCGUAAUUCUAAAUUUAGGGUUAGGAGUGGGGAAGGAUGCGAUAAGCCGUUGCCCCUUUACCUCCGAGAAUUGGUUGCUGUUUCGAAUAUAAUUUUUUCCUGAGACAGCCAUAUAGUUAAUUGGUAAAAGACUUUUAUUGAUGAGAUAUUGUUACUAUUUCUUGUAUCAAUAUUCUAAAUUCAGCAAUCAGAUAAUUUUUCAUCAGGAAAGGAGUUCUGUGAUAAAAACCCAGUAUUCAGCACAUGUCCCACCCCAUUUUUCAGAAGUGACAUUUCACUUAUAGGUGCCAAAAGUGAACUGGGGUGGGGAGAGCAGGAACCUUUCGAAUUUAUGGUUAUUACAGAAAUUGCAGAAAUUAUGGUCUGACUGGAAAGCAAUCUUGUAUCUCCUCCCAAAGAAUCAUGGGCUUUUUUGAAUAAAAAAAGCAGACAAAUACA